AUGCCGCAAAAGUUGGAAGGAUCGUGUCACUGCGGCGCCGUCAGAUUCACCAUCGAGUCGAGCUCGCCUGUGCCAUUCGAGAACUGCUACUGCAGUGUAUGCAGAAAGUGCGGAGGCGGCGAAGGCAGCACGAUCUACGUCGGCGGUAUCGAGAGCACACUCCAAGUCUCCGGCGCCUCGCACAUCCAGAAGUACCAGGCCGUCCUGAACCGCGGGACGAAAGAUGAGGUCCUGGCGAAGGGCGAACGGGCGUUCUGUAGGGAGUGCGCGAGUAUGCUUUGGUGGGAUAAGAAAGUACCGGGAGAGUUUUAUCCGUUUGCGUCGGCGAUUGAUACGCCGCUCAAGCCAGCGCCCAGGGAGAUGGUCCUAUGCUUCGUGAAAGACAAACCAGACUGGGUCCGCCUUCCCGAGGGCCCGAAGAAGCUGUUCGAGCGGUAUCCGGAUGGACCGGGAUCGGGAUCGUUGGAGGAUUGGCAUAGGCAUAACGGGGAGUGGAUCGAGUAG